AUGCCGGCAAAGACUCCCAUCAACUACUCCUCUGAGGAGGCCAUUGAUGCCAGAGACAGCCAAACCGAGUCUGGCUAUGUCAGUGGCGGCUCCAGCGAGGACUACAUGCCUGAGAUCGUCUUCACCAAGCCGCACUUGCAGUUCCUCAACAGACAGUUGCAAUUCCUUGAACCUCAAGAUGUUUUGAGAUGGUGCAUUACCUCUCUCCCUCAUCUCUUCCAGACCACUGCCUUCGGUCUCACUGGUCUCGUGUCCCUCGACAUGCUGUCCAAGCUUGAGGUCCCUCGUCCUCAGGUUGUCGACCUGAUCUUCCUCGAUACCCUCCACCACUUCAAAGAAACUCUUGACCUUGUCGACCGCGUCCGCAGAAGGUACCCCAACAACAACGUCCACGUCUACAAGCCCGAUGGCGUCAGCUCGGAAGAGGAAUUCGCCAAGAAGUUCGGUCCUCGCCUUUGGGAGACCGACGACCAAUUCUACGACUGGGUUGCCAAGGUUGAGCCCGCCCAGCGUGCCUACCGGGAACUCAAUGUCCAUGCUGUCCUUACUGGCCGCCGUCGCAGCCAGGGCGGCAAGCGUGGUGACCUCGACGUGAUCGAGGUUGACGAGGCCGGUCUCAUCAAGAUCAACCCCUUCGCCAACUGGUCCUUCGACCAAGUCAAGCAAUACGUCAAGGAUAACGAUGUGCCUUACAACGAGCUUCUCGACCGCGGCUACAAGAGUGUCGGUGACUACCACUCGACACAGCCCGUCAAGGAGAACGAAGACGAGCGGUCUGGUCGUUGGAAGGGCCAGGAGAAAACCGAGUGCGGUAUUCACAACCCACGGUCGAAGUACGCCCAAUUCCUCAUGGACUUGGAACGCAAGCGACAAGAAGAAGCUCUCACGUCUGCAUUGCAAACAUAA